ACUGCCGCGAGUCCUGCUGCAUUGUCAGCGAACACCACCACACACGUUCACACCACACCACACCACGUUCACACACACUCCUGUGUCACAGGCCUGAGCUUGCUGACGCCAGUGGCCUGUUGGAGAUGGAGAGGAGAUCGUACGGGAGUAGGGGGGGCGGGUAUGGCGGGAGCAGAGGUGGCGGGUAUGGUGGCGGUCGUGGCGGUCGUGGCGGUCGUGGUGGCGGUCGCGGUGGUUGGCGGUAUUCGUCGUCCGCGGAGUACGGUUCCGCAGAGCAUUCACACGGCCAGCGUGCGCGGCACUUGGCCUCGUCACACUCCAAGAGCGGGUUUGGAAAACAGAAACGCGAGCUUCAGAAACACCACACCGUCAAUCACUACAGCGCAAUCGUCCAACACCUUGAGGAUCGAGUGGUGCAGCCUGAGGACGACAUGCCGCCCGCGCUGCAGCCCCAUCCGGCAUUCACACGCUUUAUGAGGCCACCCACGGAGAUGACACAGAACCCGGCAAACGCCAUCACCAAAGAUUGCGUGCGCCGGUUGCGCCCGAAAGGCGAAGCCAUCAACUCCAUCGCGUGGUGCUGCGAGUGGACGCCCGAUGGCCGUCGUCUCAUCUCCGGGCACUCCAGCGGCCAUCUCAUCAUGUGGUACUCGUCAACAUUCCACUUUGAAACAAUUGUCGAGGUCGGCAGCGGUAUCCGCUCACUCAAGUGGAACAAGGACGGCACAUGGAUGCUCACGGGCGAUGAUGAGGGCCGGAUUAAGUACUGGCAGGUCACCAUCAAGAACGUGUGCGAAUUCAAACCCCACAAGAAUCCCAUUCGCCAAAUCGAUUUUUCUCCAAACAACCGCAAGUUCUGCACGUGCUCCGACGAUAGCACCGUGCGUGUGUUUGACUUUGAGACGUUCAGCGAGGACCGCGUCCUGCGCGGGCACGGCGCUGAUGUGCGCACUGUGGCGUGGCACCCCAUGCUCUCCCUCAUUGCAUCCGGCAGCCACGACAACCAGCAGCCGCUCAAGCUGUGGGACCCGCGGGCCGGCGAGAACCUCGCCACCCUGUACAACGUGCACCGGGACUCUGUGACGAAUGUCAAGUGGAGUCCAGACGGCAACGCUCUUCUCUCCGCAUCCCGUGACUCCCUGAUUAAGCUGUAUGACAUUCGAAUGAUGAAAGAGGUGCACACCUACCGCGCCCACCGCAAGGAAGUCAACUCACUGGCGUGGCAUCCGCUGUAUGAGGACAUGUUUGUGAGCGGCGGCGCUGACGGCGAUCUCCACUUCUGGCUCCAAGGGACGGAAACGCCGAUUGGGUCGAUGGAGCGUGCGCACGAGGCGCACAUCUGGGAUCUGUCGUGGCACCCGCUGGGACACGUGCUCGCAUCGUCCUCCAAUGACCAGUCGCUCAAGUGCUGGGCGCGCAACCUGCCUGGAGAUGACAUGGUGUACAACGAUGUGGCGGAGAACAUCCUCACGGAUGAAGUGCGGCAGCACCGCGAGGACCGCACCAGGGCCCUCAUCGAAGGGGAGGGUCUGCCGACGACGGAACGGGCACAAGCGCCAAUGACGGCAGCCAUGCCCCACGCCAUGCCGGCGCCUUCAAAGCCAUCGUCCGCCUACACCUCCCUGCCCGGCCUUAACUGACACACGCUGCUGCUGCUGUUGCUGUCGUGCUGCUGCUAUGUCGUGAUCUUGUUCGGACUGGUAUCAGUAAAUUGCAGAAUGCAAG